AUGAGUAGUACUGGAGAGACCAAAGAUGACCUGGUUGAUGACCUGGCUCGGGUGAGGGUUGGACCGCAAGGUGUCACCAUUCGGCCCGGUCAGGUCGCCAAUGUAAAGUGUAGGGUACCUCCUAAUUUUAACACUUCUGACCCUACAGUCCUGUUUGAGUCAAGUGAGGAGACCGCGCCCCUAGCACAUCUUGACCUUGGAGAGGGACUGAUUGAGAUUCACAAAAAGGGACAGAUCCAGGAUCUCAUGAACACAUUGGGUGGUUAUCACUGGCUCUCCAUACUCGACCAGGGAAAGGCUUAUCACCAGGGGUUCAUGACAGCAUUUGUGACCCCUUGGGGCCUAUUUGAAUGGCUGGGGAUGGAAGAGAAGUUAGAUUCAUUCGUGAUGAGUGUUGUGCCCUACCUAGACGAUGUGCUUUGCUUUGCCAAAACCUUUGAAGAACAUGUAGAGAAACUGUGUUCAGAGUCCUUCCGCAACAUGGAGUCAAGCUACGUCCAGCUAAGUAGAAAGCAUGUAGGCCACCUCAAAAAAUAUGAAGAGCUGACAUCAAGAAAGAGAAAAAGGGCUCCUGAGACUCUUCCCACCACCUCCACCAUUAGGCAGACCACACUGGUGAACACCAGGACUGUGUCUCAGAGGUCCAUUGACAAAGCUAUCCUGAAGUAUGUGGUCCAAGGGCUCCAGCCAUUGCAUGUUGUUGAACAACAACCAUUUCGAGAUUUUGUGAAGGAACUGCAGCCGAAUGCAAAAAUGAUAUCACGGCUGACCCUGUGCUCCAUGAUUGAUAAUGCCUCUAUGGGAAUGAAGAAGGCGGUGACUGAGGCCAUGAGGGGAGUCGACCAUAUCGCCACCACUACUGACUGCUGGUCUGCAAGAAGACGGAGCUUUAUUGGCGUUACUGGCCAUUGGAUUGACCCCAACAGUCUCAAAAGAUGCUCAGCAGCCCUAGCCUGUAAACAACUGAGAGGUUCGCACACAUUUGAUGUGUUGGCAAGCGCCCUGAAUGACAUCCACUCCGAGUUUGAAAUUCGGGGGAAGAUUGUGCGAACAACAACCGACAACGGCUCCAACUUCAUAAAAGCAUUACAAGUUUUUGGUGAAGAUGAGAACAACAAUGCAGUGGGAAGUGAUGGUGAACCUGGUAAUGCAUCUCAACCAGGAGAGGAUAAAGAGGAUCAAGAGGGGUAUGAAGAAGUGGAGUUUGUUGAUGUGUCAGCGCUCCUGAAUGAAGAUGACGGUUUAGAGUUCCAGCUCCCACAGCACCAGCGCUGUGCUUGUCACCUACUCAACCUAAUAGCUACAGUUGAUGCUAUGAAGGCAACAUCCAAUGAGGCGUACAAGAAAGUGUACCGUUCAACAUUUGGCAAGUGUAAUGCACUUUGGAACAAAUGUGGAAGAUCCACCCUUGCAGCAGAAACUGUUGAAGAUGCUUGCUCCUUCCAGCUGCUGCGUCCAAAUGCUACAAGGUGGAACUCCUUGUUCCUGGCAGUGGAAAGACUGCUGAGAAUAAUGAAAGAAAAGGGAGAGGGGGCCAUCAGAGGCAUCUGCACCAACUUAAAGGUUCCAAUGUUCAAUCCAGCUGAACUUGCCUUCCUCACAGAGUAUGCCGCUGCCAUGAGUCCAGUUGCGCAGGCAACCAACGUCUUGCAAGCAGAAGCAAAUGCCAUGAUGGGAUGGCUGCUUCCAACCAUCAACCUGCUGACCGUCAAACUUGACAGAGUCAAGUUGCCACUAAAGUACUGCAAGCCUCUGGUGGAUGCUUUACAGGUGGGAAUCAAGAACCGUUUUGGCCACAUGUCAGGAGACCCUGAGUUGAUCGCAGCUGCAAUUCUACUUCCAAAAUUCCGUACAGCGUGGACAAAGGAUGAAUCCACAAUCAAAACAGGAAUUGACUACAUGAGACAGCACAUCGAAGAACCCUCCCUUCAGCUAGCAGAUGCCAACCGGUCCAGUUCGUCUGAUGACGAUGACUUCUUCUCUGCCCUGCAGUCGUCUCAAGCGCAAGAUGGUGCCAAACAACUGGAUGGAUACUUGGCCUGUUCAGCAGAUCACAUGGACUUGCUGAAAUCCUUCCCAGCGGUGUGCAAGCUUUCCGUGAAGCUGAACACUCCUCUACCUGCCUCAGCGGCCUGUGAAAGGCUCUUCAGCAUCGCAGGACUUGUCUUCAGUCCAAGAAGAGCGAGACUGAAUUCUCGCAACUUUGAAAACCAACUUCUUCUGAAGAUGAACAGACACCUUUUCAGUUUCAGUUAAUAACUUCAUGCCAGUUGAAAGACGGGCAGUUUGUCCAUAUAACACACAGGGAAGUUGAGAGAGAGAGCUAGUCACCAUUGAUGAUGGCAGAAGUUUAUUUUUUAAUGUUGAAAAAGUUCAAGCUUCUUUCUCCUAUGCCUGGAUAUUAUGCUUUCACUGUAAGGAAGCCACAAUAAAUUUCAUAAUCAAAAUUCUAACCGUUCACUUUUUUUAAAAAUACCUGUACUUUUACUUUUAAUACUUAAGUACAUUUUAU